AUGUCGAAUAUCGAGGCAUCAAAGGUAUAUGAAACCGUGCUCGAGACUGUUAUCAACGAUGUCAGACAAGAAUUUGAAGAUUCGGGAGUGGAUGAACAGACAUUGCAAGAUCUCAAACGAAUUUGGCAGAUGAAACUAAGUGAAAGCAAAGCCGCCACAUUCAUUUGGGACCCAGAAAAUACAACCAGUGCAUCAACAGUUGCCGAGCCUGUGGUUAAACUACCAAACGGCGAAUUCAACGAUAAUUCCAUAAAUCAUUCUGGAGCUGCUGCUAGUGCCGGUGAAGCAGAUAUCAUUGGCAGCAAUAUAAAUAAUGGGUCCUCAGAUAUGGUGAAUAAUGAUGAACUGCAAAUAGAAGAUAAUGAAAUGAAACCAAAACAAGAAAUAGAGUUCUCUAUGAAUGAUCCAGAUGGAGAUUUGACUAAACAGCUGAAAUUACAAGCAAAGCAAGCCAAGAAAUCCGCGUUAUUAGAAACCGAUGAAAUCAAUUCUGAUUUGGAUGACUCCGAUGACGACUAUGUCAACAUGGACGUCGAGGAUGAGGGCACAGAUGUCAAUAUGAUGCUAUGUCUAUAUGACAAGGUGCUGAGAGUCAAAAAUAAGUGGAAGUGUAAUUUAAAAGAAGGUGUAGUGACAAUAGACCAUAAAGACUUUGCUUUCCAGAAAGCCCAGGGAGAAAGUGAAUGGUAA